UUUUCAGUAAAAUCGUUCCUUUUCUUUUGGUCUUUUUGUGGAAGUGCAAGUUGUGUGCUGUCCUGUGUACUAUAUAUUUUUAUCAAUAACUUGUUCAUAUUCUACAUACAUCUUCAAGUUUCCGUAGCCGGUUUCCUACCUCCCUUCUUCUCUUUUCUCCCUAUCCUCAGUAUACACAUAACCAUCCAUCUUCCCUACAGAAGGAAAGGCAACAUAUACUACACGUAAAAAAAGCCCAACCAUGUCUUUAUUGCUCACCAAGACAUGUGAAUAUGCCAUACUGGUAGCAAUACAACAAGGUCGCAACUUUUCUCACAGCGCCGAACACGAUAUCUCCGUGCAAAGCAAACUGGAGUUGCUCUUACCCUCCUCCGUGGACGACCUCAUUCCACCCACCACCGUUAUUAGUACAGCGCCUGCUCCUAUCGCUCGUGACGGUACAGUCUCAUUCCAUACAACACUCGCGUACCUAGUUUCGUCCAAGUUACUACAUCGUCUACGUGCCAAUGACGCCCACAUCUCUCUCAAUGUUGGCAAACUCGAUCUCGAAGCCUCACGCCAAGUCAUGGGCACCAUGAAACUGCAAUUAUCUACUGCCAAAAUGGUCGUUCAACGCAAUGGUCCAAAACGCAUGGAACAAGUAAAUGAGUUUGUGGUGGAUAAAGGCGUAUGGCAUUCGUUAUCCAAUCGCAAGGAGCAAAUUAAAGCGGGUAUAUUUAUCGUCGCCAUGCGUGACAAGAAGCCUGCAUUGUCAAGUAUAGCAGACACGAAACUAAUCAACCGGCCCACGAAACCAUCGUCAUCUCCUACUCCUUCAGUUCCCUACGUCAAGUAUCGUGAACGGCAGUCGUUUGAACUAAAGAAGGAAACCGAGCAGGACAAUCGUAGUACGGAAGGAGAAGAUUUAGCAUCGUCAGGCUUGGAAUUACGAUCCAUGAGUGCAUUGACCGAUUCUCUUUUAUUAAGUCCUUCAAGCAGUGGCGACGUGCCUCUGCUAUUUUCCGAACCGUCUUUGCACACGCUUUUAUCCACCCCUCCGCCUUCGGUCUCAUUUGCUCGCAAAUUCGAUUCCGCUCGACGCCGUACUCGUAGUUCACGCCCCCAGUCCACCACCGCUUCCUCCUUUGUAGCUCAAAACAUCUCCUUCAAGGACCUUUUGGCUACAGACAAACAUCGUUCACAAUCUUCCAUGACCUGUAGACAAACCCCUCCUCUCCUACGCGCCAGAUCAGCUGUGGAAACGGAAAAAGAUAUCUUGCGGGAGAAACGACGCUCCAUCAUUAUGCCUACUACCGAUUUUCUAGCGCCGAAAAGAUCACCCGAUCGCCUACGACGAGCACGAUCCUUCAUCGAAUCAUCCUCAGACAAACAGAGUCGCAGUGGUCAGAAUCUCUCCGUGCAGUUUGAUAGUCACAAAUCUGCCUCUGAUAUUGACGUUGAUCAACUUUCUACUGCAUUGAACCACAUCCGAUUGCGUUCUACUUCCACCUCAUCUCCAAAGCCGCAACGUCGACAACAUCUCAGUCCUGAACCCAUUCCAUCAUUUUCUCGCUGUCCACCCACAUUGACCGAACAAAGUUUACGUUACCACCAAAUCGGAAAAGGAUUGUCAACCUAUACCUUUUACUUCAAUAUCCUCCACACCGACAACCCACAGUCAUUCUUAAAACGCCAGCGAACAGUCAAUGGAAGACGAGGUAUUCAGGGUAGAGCCUUUUUCAGUUACAAUCUCCUUUCAACACACAUCACAUGCCCAGCGACGUCCUUAUCGCCAAAUCGUACCCCUUUGCCGGCCUGUUUCCGUCUUCGUGGACACCUUUACGACAUUCAACAGUGGCUGGAUAACUAUGCGAAAAUUGAUAUUUCUUUGGUGCUGGACAAUACAGACGUCGACGGCGACAGUGGAACCGAUAUUUCGAAUAGAAACUCUGAACAAGUGGAUUUAUCAGCAAAAGAAAUCAUUGGCGUGGCAAAAAUACCUUUGGCUGGCGUGGCUUUCGAUUCCACGUUACUCAGAGAUAGCAAUCAUAAUUUCUUUUAUGAACGAAAACGACGACUCAGUCGAAUCCUGACAGAGAGACGUUAUCCCGUUUAUGGCACCCAUCAAGAACAUAUAGCGACAAUGCAGAGACAUCAGAUUUCCACUAUCACCGUCCAGUUGGGAUUGGUGAGCGGAUGGUGGACAGAGGAAGACGGCAGGGAGGAUGAGGAUCAAAAAAGGCACGGCGAGGAUGAAUCCCAAUAUCAAGGCUCAGCAGCGUCUUCUCCAAGACAUGAAUUACCAGGUGCGAAACGAUCAAAUAUCUAUCGAGAUGAACCAUGGGAUUGGUUAAAGAAGAAAAAAUCCAAAUUGUAUUCUACGACACUGUCUUCCUCCUCUUCGCCUUCUUUCGGGGACCGGAAAGUGCCUCAUAUACAUAUCAUCGACUCAUAAUUCAGUAAUAUAUAGUUCUUGGUUUUUUCUUUUUUCUAUCUACAAACAAACAAAAAAACAACAACAGAAAACCACUUUACUUGUACAAAAUGGAAAUAAUCCAUUGAUUG